CGCGCGCUUAACACCUCACCUAGAAAGACAAAAGAAGAAGAAGGUGUCGCGCGCGGCAUUGACGCGUCAUAGGGUUCAAUUCCUGCUGUUAUCGAAGUUAAUCUUAAAUAAACUUAAACAUGAUGUACAUUCUCGUAUAGUUUUUUAUAGGUGAAAUGCAACUGCUGGUGUUAGAGCCACUACAGCGUUAACUACAGAGAAAGCGACAUAAACAUGUCAUCCAAAGGGAAAAAGAAAAUGGUUCUGCCGACCCGACCUGACCCACCGUCAGUAGAACACAUCAUCGAGGACAUAAACCGAGCCGAGCCGAGUGAUCCGGUCUUCAGGUUCUCACACACGUCUGAUGAAGCAGGAUCACACAGCAACAAAGUGGAGGCCCGCUACCUGCAAAGCCGACGCUACCUAGAGCUGAACGAGAAGCUACAGGAGGCUCGCACUGAGCUAACACAGAGGAGGGAUGAGCUCAGGAUGGUGGGGGAGUCUUUAGAACAAAGUGUGGCAGCAGUGAAGGACCGAGCACUCUGACUGGUGAACAUUUGCUCCUGUAGACUUCUUGGUAUUGACUUACCACAAUAAAGGGAUGUUUGCUGCUCUAAUCAGUGCACUAAUAAUAAUGAUAUCUUUUUGGCAUGUAAAGACAUUAUAAAGUCCUCCAUGGAUCAUAAUCCAUUUCCAGUAACUAUAACAGUCCCAAAGGCAGCAUUGAAAUAACAAAGAUGAAGAGAAAAUAAAAUUUGUGUUGUAAAGAUUUUUCACAUAUGACAACUGUGUUAAACAAAUAGGAGCCUUUUAGCCAAGAACACACAUCAUGUACAAAAGCUGUCAUGACCCGAGGAAUUCUUUGUCAUUUCUUUAUAACACUAAUGCUUAGUCAUUUUGUGUCUUAUCAGUAUAAAUUUGUUACCUUUACUUUGCUUGCAGAAGCCUAAAACGUUCUUAGGCUAAAUCUACAUUACAAACUACAUUGUUGAGUUCCAAUUUUUUGGGUCAAAUAAGAUUUGCAUGUAAUGAUGCUUGAUAUUCAUAAUUACAAGUGACUUUCAUGUGUUUCCAAUGUGAACACACUUGUCCUAUAUUGAUCGACUUUGCUCUUACCAUCUGCGUUAAAACAUCAUAUUUGUGUGACCAAACAUUUAUUUCAAGCAAAAAUUAUGAUUUUAGCAAAAUAUGAUUGUGACUUUGCUCUGGCGGAUGGCAAGCAGUUAGUUAGCUGAGGUUCAGAAGAAAGACGAAGCCAAACGCUUAAUUUUAGCUAUUUUAGCAGCUGUUGCUAGCACUGCUAUAAAAUGCCUCUGCCUGUACUGACUAAUGAUGCCAGCAUGUGCUCCAUUCAUGCACAGAGGCAAAAACACACAUGAAUUCUGGUCUGCCUGUUCUCACAUGAAAGUGUAUCACAUAUACAUCCAGUUUAAGACCACAUAUGAAAGUGCCUGAGAUAUGUUUCAUAUUAGGCUAAAAAGGUGGAAUUGAGUCAUGUCAGACUGGUAAUGUGAACAUAGCCAUAAACAUGGCUAAAUUACUGUCUACCUUGUUCUGUUUGUGCCUGAUACAGUAUAAACCCUGCAUCUUAUGUUUCUUAUAUAUAGAUUUACUGAACUCAGGAUGCAUUAAUUUUGUCCAUUUUCAACACACUGUUCAAAAAGUACAUGGGAGAGUCCAUAAAAUAUUUCUGAGGUAAAUAAAAAAUAUGUUGAAAAUAAGAGUAAAUAUAAAAUCUGUUCUGUUUAAAGUCUCUACAUUAAAUACAUUUACAUACAUGGUCACCUAAACUGAGUGGAUGCUAAACAAGCAAGAAACGUAAAAAAGGAAAUGCACAGAGAAGCUUAUUGUGAACAUUUAUUAUGGAAAUCAACCAUUUACUGUCACUGUAUAAUACCGUUGGUCUCAAGUACAUUCAGAGAUUAGGAUUUGGCGAAGUAGCCGUAACAUUUCAGUGUUGUACAACAGUGCUGCAGAUGGAUUUAAAGACUUUUGCUUCAAUGACUAUAGUCAGCGACACCAACGAUUACGUUCUUGCUGAUGCUUAUUUAAAUGCCUUAACACUUGAAAAAAAUGUCAUCUAUGGACCUGCAACUAAUUUCUAUACCUCUAAC